UCGGCCGCGGCCCCGGCCCCCGGCCCGCCGUGGAAGUAACCUCCGCACGCCGCGCGCACCGCCGACCUCCCCGGAGCCGCGAUGGGCAACACGGUGCACCGGACCUUGCCAGAUUCCAGUCCCCAGGCACGCCUCCUGGCCACCAGGCCUUGCUGUGGCCCAGGCCCCGAGCGGCGCGCGGUCCUGGGAGAGGCUCCACGCUUCCACGCGCAGGCCAAGGGCAAGAACGUGCGGCUGGACGGCCACUCGCGCAGGGCCACGCGGCGCAACAGCUUCUGCAAUGGGGUCACCUUCACGCAGCGGCCCAUCCGCCUGUACGAGCAGGUGCGGCUGCGCCUGGUGGCCGUGCGGCCAGGCUGGAGUGGGGCUCUGCGUUUCGGCUUCACAGCGCACGAUCCGUCACUCAUGAGCGCGCAGGACAUCCCCAAGUAUGCCUGCCCUGACCUGGUCACCAGGCCAGGCUACUGGGCCAAGGCGCUGCCCGAGAAUCUGGCUCUGCGGGACACGGUGCUGGCCUACUGGGCAGACCGCCAUGGCCGGGUUUUCUACAGCGUCAACGAUGGCGAGCCGGUGUUGUUCCACUGCGGCGUGGCCGUGGGAGGACCGCUGUGGGCGCUCAUUGACGUCUACGGCAUCACGGACGAGGUCCAGCUUCUUGAGAGCACCUUCGCGGACACGCUGACGCCCGCGCGUCUCGGCCAGGCCCGCUUCAGCUCCUGCCCGCCGCCGCCGCCCGCCAGCCACGACGCGGCCAACUUCGACAACAACGAGCUGGAGAACAACCAGGUGGUGGCCAAGCUGGGUCACCUGGCGCUGGGCCGCGCCGCCGUCCCUGCCACCGCCCCGGGCCCGCCCCUGUCCGACCCCAGCGCCGCCGCAUCUUCCUCCUCCUCCGCCUCCGCUGCGGCGGCCGCUGCCGCGAUCCCCUGCGGACCCCGGGAGCGGCCCCGGCCCGCGUCGUCGCCCGCGCUGCUCGAGGCCGACCUGCGCUUCCACGCCACGCGCGGACCCGACGUGAGCCUGUCUGCGGACCGCAAGGUGGCCUGCGCGCCGCGGCCCGACGGCGGUGGCCGCACCCUGGUCUUCUCCGAGCGCCCGCUGCGGCCCGGGGAGAGCCUCUUCGUGGAGGUGGGGCGCCCGGGGCUCGCGGUGCCCGGGGCGCUGGCCUUCGGCAUCACGUCGUGUGACCCGGGCGCGCUGCGACCCUCCGAGCUCCCCGCCGAGCCCGACGCGCUGCUCGAUCGCAAGGAGUACUGGGUGGUGGCGCGCGCGGGGCCCGUCCCCAGCGGAGGCGACGCGCUCAGCUUCACCCUGCGGCCCGGAGGCGACGUGCUGCUGGCGGUCAACGGGCGUCCCAGAGGACGCCUGCUGUGCGUGGACACCACGCAGGCCCUCUGGGCCUUCUUCGCCGUGCGUGGUGGCGCUGCGGGACAGCUGCGCCUCCUUGGUACCCUGCAAUCCAGUCCUGCGACCACAACUCCAUCAGGGUCUUUCAGCGGCUCCCAAGACGAUAGUGAUUCAGAUAUGACCUACAGUGUCAACCACUCCUCCUCAGCGUCAGAGUCAUCGCUGGUGACGGCCCCCAGCUCCCCUCUGAGUCCCCCACUGUCCCCAGUCUUCUCUCCACCGGAGCCAGCUGGCAGCAGGAACGGCGAGUGCACGGUGUGCUUUGACGGCGAGGUGGACACGGUCAUCUACACGUGUGGACACAUGUGCCUCUGUUACAGCUGUGGCCUGCGGCUCCGGAGGCAAGCACGGGCCUGUUGCCCCAUCUGCCGGCGGCCCAUCAAGGACGUCAUUAAGAUCUACAGGCCGUAGCUGGGCAGUUGGCUUGGCCAGAGCAAGGUCACCUUUCUGAAACCCCUACUGGUUGGGCAACAUCAUGGCCACCACGGGGCAGGAGCCAUGUCUCCUCUGCCACUCUGCAGUGACGGGCAAGGCAGGACAGUGUGGAGUUAAGGCCUCAUGGGCCUGAGCUCAAGCUUCUGGCUCAAAAAAAAAAAAAAAAAAAAAAAAAAAGCUUUGUUCCCCCCAAAGCUCUUUCUAAGAGCCAGUCAGCAACUGCCUGGCAGAUUGCCCACCCCUUGGUGACUGACGUUCAGCUGAGAAUGGGCACCUUCUGUCUGUGCAGCGCUUCUUUCCAGGUCGGGUUGAGUGUGUGCGGGCUUGAGGAACAACAUUGAGAGAAUGAGUGAGAGAGUGCAUGGGUAUUUUAUUCAGAGACCUAUCUGUCUCCUGGAGGGUAUUUAACACUACGGAUUGUGCAAUCUGGGACUGAAAGGGUAGUGUGACGGUUGUCUGCUUUCUGGGGUCGUCAUUUUCUGGGAUGGGCUGGCCUUGAAUGUAUGUAGCCUGAACCUACACAGAACUUCGUCAAUAGUAUAGAAAGAGACAUUCAGAUUUUUCAAAAGGGAGGCAAAGACGAACUUCACUGAUUACGCCUCCCAAGCCGUGGUUCCUGGUGAGGGGGAAGGUAGGCGGAGAACAUCAGAGAACAAGCCACUUGUCGCUUCUGACUCAUGUUUAGAGGUGUGUAUUUAUGGCAGCUGAGAUGGCAGCAUCUCAGAUUCCUUCACCCCCAGCUACCGUCACAAAGCACCUCGCCUCUCCGCCCCAUCCCAUUUCCGUUAGGCUUUUGUGAUGUCCCUCCUGUCCUCUGGGGUGCUCCCCGGGCAGCGGACAGGUCUAAAGGCAGGUGACUCCCUUGCACUUGGAAAUGGCAGAGCUCGA